AGUCGAGAUUGUAUGCGCGAGCGCAUAGUACCGUCAGCCCGCGUUGGUAUUAUUCUAGUCAAACUGUCAGUGUUUCUGUGAUCUGUGUUGUGACUUGCGUGACCAUUUGUAACGGACAUGCUUGAGAUUAGUGCUAAAGGAUGAAAUGAAGGGGAGAGCCACGCGUUCGCCCAGGAUAUUGCCUGUUAUAUUGGGGAAAAUAUUUUGGCGCUGGGUCUUCACUAAGGCUGACUUGGUGUUUUUCAUUUACCGGGUAUUUUGGCAUGCGUUCCAAUCCCGGUCAUCGAUGAAUAGCAGCGUAGACUUCUUCGAGAGCCUCAUCGACGAAGACGGUCGUUUCGCCGAACUGAACUGCCAAGAGACGUCGCAGCGUGUGCACAGACGCAGGAACCACGCUGUGCAACGGGUCAGACCGUUGGUGCAAGCGGAAAACAUCAACAAUGGUGGUGGCUUGUCCCUGUCGCCACCACACACAAUAUCUCAACGUGAAACAGGGACACAAGUAUCACAAUGUUACAGCGGGCCGCCUUCCCCCUGCGGGUCCACAAGCUCCGCUCUUUCCCCCACAGUGUCCCCCGCCCCGCCUCCCGGAACUGCAACCCUAGAUCCCAAUUGGCAAGCAACUAAACCUACCGUACGAGAAAGAAACGCAGCAAUGUUUAACAAUCAGUUAAUGGCAGAUAUCACAUUUAUAGUUGGAAGUCCAGGACAUACACAAGUAAUACCGGCACACAAAUAUGUCUUAGCAACUGGUAGUUCAGUAUUUUAUGCUAUGUUCUAUGGAGGCUUAGCAGAAUGUAAACAAGAAAUAGAGGUGCCUGAUGUUGAGCCAUCAGCCUUCCUCAUAUUACUGAAGUAUUUAUAUUGUGAUGAAAUUCAAUUAGAAGCAGACACAGUACUGUCAACAUUGUAUGUUGCAAAGAAAUAUAUUGUACCACAUCUGGCAAGAGCCUGUGUCAACUACUUGGAAACUAGUCUAACAGCCAAAAAUGCAUGUUUGCUCCUAAGCCAAUCACGUUUGUUUGAAGAGCCAGAACUAAUGCAGAGGUGCUGGGAAGUUAUCGAUGCGCAGGCUGAGAUGGCCCUUACGUCUGAAGGGUUCGUUGACAUAGACGUCUCCACUCUAGAGUCUGUGUUGGCGAGAGAGACGCUCAAUUGCAAGGAAAUUAAUUUGUUUGAAGCAGCAUUAGCUUGGGCUCAUGCUGAAUGUGUGCGUAGAGAGACCGACAUCACUCCGGCUAACAAGAGAGCCAUGCUCGGCAGUGCCAUAUACCUAAUCAGAUUUCCGACCAUGACUUUAGAGGAGUUUGCCAAUAGUGCUGCACAACUUGGCAUACUGACACCUCAAGAAACAAUCGACAUAUUUUUACAUUUUACUGCAGCAAGCAAACCACAGUUAUCGUAUCCUAUAAAGGCAAGAGCUGGUCUUAAAGCCCAGAUUUGCCACAGAUUUCAAUCAUGUGCAUACAGAAGUAACCAAUGGAGAUACAGAGGCAGGUGUGACUCAAUACAGUUCUGUGUUGAUAAAAGAAUAUUUGUGGUCGGUUUUGGACUUUAUGGAUCGUCGAAUGGUGCAGCUGAUUACAAUGUGAAGAUAGAGUUAAAGAGAUUAGGACGAGUGCUAGCAGAGAAUAAUACGAAAUUCUUUUCUGAUGGGUCAAGUAACACUUUCCAUGUGUACUUUGAGAAUCCCAUACAAAUUGAGCCUGAAUGUUUCUAUACAGCUUCUGCUAUUCUAGACGGGAGUGAGUUGAGUUAUUUUGGACAAGAAGGACUGAGUGAAGUGUACAUGGGCACGGUUACAUUCCAAUUCCAUUGCUCCUCUGAAAGUACGAAUGGAACAGGAGUUCAAGGUGGUCAGAUUCCAGAACUCAUUUACUAUGGCCCUACAGUGAAUACUUCCAUGACUAAUACGAGUACUAAUGAGGACUGACAACUGAUGACUAGACUGCGACCUCUAAAUUAUUAUUCAGUAUAAUAUAAGAAAUGCAUUUUAUUGGAACUCGAGACAAAGAUGUCUGAAUCGAAAUAUUUAUAAAGUUUUUAAAAUUUAAUCAUUCCCAUGUUAAAUUAUUUUGUUGAUUAUAAAAUCCUGUGUAUAUUGUUGAAAAGGGAUAGAAGUACCUUAAGAAUGUGAUAUGGGUGUUGUAAAGCUCUCUAGAAAUUUGUAGAUUUAGAAAAUUAUUGAUAAUGAUAAUUAUUACACUCAAAGUUCAUUGCAAUAAAUUUAAAAUAGCUUAA